UAUCCCCAACUAUGGCGGAUAAUAGCGAUGCUGACACGAGCAGUAAUACCAGUCAGACGGUGGCUGAUGUUGCUAGUUUAGAAAUAUACGUUGCAAAGUUAAUACCACUCCUUUUGGAAGAUGGCGAUGGGACAUCCACAGUACUGAAAACUGCGCUCAGUGAACGAGGGCACCAAGAAUGUAUGAAAAAAUUCCUUUCCGACCCACAAAUUCAGACAAUUUUGGUGGAACGAGCUGUUUCAAAGGAUGAUGUUGAGGAUGAAAAUGCCGAGCCUGACAUUGCUUACACUUUAUCAUUGGAUGUACAUUUCACCAAUGCUAAGUUUAACAGCUGUGCAUUUAUAAAGCGAACACCGGUGAUAGAUGCUGAUAAAAGUAUUGCAUCUCAGAUACAAGUAUUGACUUUAUGUGAAGGGUCUCCAUAUGAAACAUUACAUGCGCAUAUCAGCAAUGCUGUGGCGCCGUAUUUCAAGUCAUACAUCAGAGCCUCUGGAAAGGCUGACAGAGAUGGCGAUAAGAUGGCUCCUUCGGUUGAGAAGAAGAUUGCUGAGUUAGAGAUGGGUUUAUUACAUCUACAGCAGAAUAUUGACAUCCCAGAUAUUACCCUGAAUAUCCAUCCUGUUGUGGUAGCCAUGAUUAAAAAAUGUGGGGAGGAAGGAAGACGUCCAAAAGUACACGACUUUGGAGAUAAAGUAGAAGAUUCUACAUUUCUCAAUGCUCUACAAAAUGGAGUUAACAGAUGGAUUAGAGAGAUACAAAAGGUAACCAAACUGGACCGUGAUCCUGCAUCUGGCACUGCUCUUCAAGAAAUCAGUUUUUGGUUAAACCUUGAACGUGCUUUAUUGAGAAUCCAAGAGAAGAGAGAAAGUUCUGAAGUUGCACUAACAUUAGACAUUUUAAAACAUGGCAAACGAUUUCAUGCCACUGUUAGCUUUGAUACUGAUACAGGUUUGAAACAUGCUUUAGCUACAGUAAAUGAUUAUAGUCCAUUGAUGAAAGACUUUCCACUUAAUGAUCUCCUGUCAGCAACAGAACUAGACCGUAUCAGGCAAGCAUUGGUUGCUAUAUUUAGUCAUCUAAGGAAAAUAAGAAAUACCAAAUAUCCAAUACAAAGAGCCUUACGAUUGGUGGAAGCCAUAUCUAGAGAUCUCAGUGCACAGCUACUCAAGGUUCUUGGAACACGACGUCUGAUGCACAUCACAUUUGAUGAGUUUGAGAAAGUGAUGUCAGCAUCCUUUGAAGUAUUUGGAACUUGGGAUGAUGAAUAUGAGAAACUACAGGGGUUACUUAGAGACAUAGUGAAAAAGAAAAGAGAGGAAAGUUUGAAAAUGGUAUGGAGAGUGAAUCCUGCUCAUAAAAGAUUACAGGCCAGAUUAGAUCAAAUGAGAAAAUUCCGUCGUCAGCAUGAACAGUUACGUGCUGUCAUUGUUAGAGUUUUGAGACCAGCAACAACUACAUCUACAACCACACCACCAAGCCCUGGGGCUGCUCCAGAUGAAGUCCCUAGUACUAAGGUCAAUGAACUUGUAUUAGAAGCAGCAGAUGCAAAUGCAAUUGAGGAAGUAAAUCUAGCAUACGAGAAUGCCAAAGAAGUUGAUGGAUUGGACGUAUCUAAAGAAGGUACCGAGUCCUGGGAAGCUGCAACUAAAAGAUAUGAUGAGCGUAUUGACCGUGUUGAAACCAGAAUCACUGCUCGUUUACGUGAUCAACUUGGAACAGCUAAAAAUGCAAAUGAGAUGUUCCGCAUUUUCUCUCGAUUCAAUGCUUUGUUUGUUCGACCCCAUAUUCGAGGUGCCAUUCGAGAAUAUCAAACACAGUUGAUACAGCGAGUCAAAGAUGAUAUUGAAUCGCUUCAUGAUAAAUUCAAGGUGCAAUACCCUCAGAGUAAAGCUUGUAAAAUGAGCCGUGUACGGGAUCUACCACCUGUUUCAGGCUCUAUUAUCUGGGCAAGACAGAUUGAGCGACAACUGACUGCCUAUAUGCACCGUGUUGAAGAUGUGCUUGGUAAAGGAUGGGAAAAUCAUGUAGAAGGCCAGAAAUUAAAAGCAGAUGGGGAUAGUUUCCGAGCCAAAUUGAACACUCAAGAAUUAUUUGAUGAGUGGUCACGAAAAGUUCAACAAAAGCACUUGGGAAUUUCUGGUAGAAUAUUUGCUAUUGAAAGUCAGCGUGCUCGUGGUGGCAGAGGUGGAAAUAUUUUGAAACUGAGGGUGAAUUUUUUACCAGAGAUUAUUACACUGGCUAAAGAGGUUCGGAAUUUGAAAUGGCUUGGUUUUCGCGUACCAUUAGCGAUUGUCAACAAAGCUCAUCAGGCCAAUCAGAUGUACCCGUUUGCAAUAUCAUUAAUCGAAAGUGUACGUACAUAUGAGCGUACAUGUGAAAAGGUUGAAGAUAGACCAAGUAUAUCUCUAUUAGUUGCUGGAUUGAGAAAAGAUGUACAAGCACUCAUAGCAGAGGGUAUUGGCUUGGUUUGGGAGUCUUACAAGUUAGAUCCAUAUGUACAGAAAUUAGCAGAAGCAGUCUUCAAUUUUCAAGAAAAGGUGGAUGAUCUAUUACUGAUUGAGGAGAAGAUAGAUACUGAAGUGCGUAGUCUGGAGACAUGUGCUUUUAAUGUUAAUAUAUUUGCCGAAAUCUUGGGACGUAUACAGAAAGAUGUUGAUGAUCUUAAUUUACACUCUUAUUCUAACCUACCACAAUGGGUGGCAAGACUUGAUUCAGAGGUAAAGUUAUUACAAUUUAACACUACCCUGGCAAAGUUAGUGACACUUACACUUGGUGAUGCUAACGUUAACACUACCCUGGCAAAGUUAGUGACACUUACACUUGGUGAUGCUAACAUUAACACUACCCUGGCAAAGUUAGUGACACUUACACUUGGUGAUGCUAACGUUAACACUACCCUGGCAAUGUUAGUGACACUUACACUUGGUGAUGCUAACGUUAACACUACCCUGGCAAAGUUAGUGACACUUACACUUGGUGAUGCUAACGUUAACACUACCCUGGCAAAGUUAGUGACACUUACACUUGGUGAUGCUAACGUUAACACUACCCUGGCAAAGUUAGUGACACUUACACUUGGUGAUGCUAACGUUAACACUACCCUGGCAAAGUUAGUGACACUUACACUUGGUGAUGCUAACGUUAACACUACCCUGGCAAAGUUAGUGACACUUACACUUGGUGAUGCUAACAUUAACACUACCCUGGGUUUGAUUCAUGAAUUGCGCAUCACAAACCAAGUCAUGUAUCUGAAUCCACCAAUAGAAGAGACAAGAUACCAAUUAAUGCAGCAGUUAUUUGCAUGGGAAGCUAUUAUUUGCAAUCAGAAACGUAUUCAGAGUCAAAGAUACCAGGUUGGUUUGGAUCACCAUGAAUCGGAGACUGAGGUUACGUAUCGUAGUUUGUUAACUCAACUACCUGAUGGUCCUGAUGCUCUUGACAAUGCUUACAUAGCAAUAGAUGAAACCAUUAAUAAGGUCAACGAAUACAUCAAGGUAUGGUUACAAUAUCAGUCAUUAUGGGAUAUGCAACCACAUAAUAUAUAUGGAAGACUAGGUGAAGAUCUCAACAACUGGAUGCAACUAUUGAUGGAAAUACGACAAGCUCGUACAACUUUUGAUACCUCUGAGACGAGAAAAGAAUUUGGUCCAAUCAUUGUUGAUUAUGCUAAAGUACAGUCAAAGGUCAAUUUGAAGUACGACUCCUGGCAUAAGGAAAUCCUUAGUAAAUUUGGUACUAAUCUUGGGAAUGAAAUGACUUCAUUCCAUUCAGGAAUAUCGAAGUCUCGUUCUGAUUUAGAAAGCCAAUCGAUAGACACAGCGAGUACAUCGGAUGCAGUGACUUUUAUCACCUAUGUACAAGGCUUGAAGAGAAAAGUCAAAUCCUGGGAACGUCAAGUUGAAAUGUACAAGCAUGGUCAGAGGUUACUAGAAAAGCAACGUUUCCAAUUCCCAACAUCAUGGUUGUAUGUAGAUAACUUGGAUGGUGAAUGGGGAGCUUUUAAUGAAAUUAUGAAGAGAAAAGACGGUGCUAUUCAACAACAGGUGGCUAGUUUGCAAAUGAAGAUUGUAUCAGAAGAUGAGACAGUUGAAUGUAGAACUUCUGAUCUAUUGCUUGAAUGGGAGAAAGGAAAACCAGUGCAGGGCGACACAAAACCUGAUACAGCGCUGAAAGCAUUAACGAUAUUAGAAGGAAAGUUUGCAAGAUUAAAAGAAGACAGAGAUAAUGUGUGUAAAGCUAAAGAAGCACUUGAAUUACAGGAACCAGGUACUAUUAGCCCCAGUGAAGACAGAAUGCUUGUAGCAUUAGAAGAAUUACAAGAUUUGAAAGGUGUUUGGUCUGAAUUGGCUGCAAUAUGGGAACAAAUUGACGGUCUUAAAGAUACACCUUGGCUUACUGUUGCACCAAGAAAGUUGCGUCAAAGUCUUGAUACACUGGCAACUCAACUCAAAUCAUUCCCAGCUCGGUUACGUCAGUAUGCUUCAUUUGAGUUUGUCAACAGAGUACUCAAGGGUUAUGCUAAGGUCAAUGUGCUGAUAGUUGAGCUGAAAUCAGAUGCUUUGAAAGAAAGACAUUGGAAACAGUUAAUGAAGAAAUUGCGUGUGAAUUGGGUGUUGUCUGACUUAACAUUAGGCCAGAUUUGGGAUAUUGAUUUACAUCGAAAUGAACCUAUUAUUAGAGAUAUCAUUAACAUUGCACAAGGUGAAAUGGCUUUGGAAGAAUUUAUGAAAAUGGUACGUGAAGCUUGGCAGAGUUAUGAACUUGAACUUAUAAACUAUCAGAAUAAAUGUAGAUUGAUACGUGGAUGGGAUGAUUUGUUUACUAAAGUCAAAGAACAUAUAAACAGUGUAGCUGCUAUGAAAUUAUCACCAUACUACAAGGUGUUUGAGGAAGAUGCACUGUCUUGGGAAGAGAAAUUGAAUCGUAUUAAUGCCUUGUUUGAUGUGUGGAUUGAUGUACAGAGGCGCUGGGUCUACUUGGAAGGUAUAUUCACUGGUAGUGCUGAUAUUAAACAUUUGUUGCCUGUUGAAACACAGAGAUUCCAUAGUAUAAGUACAGAGUUCUUGGCUUUGAUGAAGAAAGUUUCCAAGUCACCAUUAGUAUUGGAUGUGUUAAAUAUACCUGGUGUACAGAGAUCUCUGGAAAGAUUGGCUGAUUUGUUAGGAAAGAUACAGAAAGCACUGGGAGAAUACUUGGAAAGAGAAAGAGCGUCCUUCCCCAGAUUCUACUUUGUUGGUGAUGAAGAUUUGUUGGAAAUUAUUGGUAAUAGUAAGAAUGUUGGUAGACUUCAGAAACAUUUCAAGAAGAUGUUUGCCGGUGUUGCUACAUUGCUCUUAAAUGAAGAUAAUACUGUUGUAAAAGGUAUUGCAUCCAGAGAAGGUGAAGAGGUAUAUUUCAAGACUGUAAUUAACAUCAAAGAGAACCCUAAAAUCAAUGAGUGGUUAACGAUGGUUGAGAAAGAGAUGCGUGUGACACUAGCUAAGUUGUUAGCUGAUGCUGUGAGUGGUGUCUCGCAAUUCAAGGAUGAUAACAUUGAUGGGAACAAGUACAUCUUGUGGGUUGAUCAGUAUCAGGCGCAGUUAGUGGUGUUAUCAGCUCAGAUAGCCUGGUCUGAGGGUGUUGAUAAAGCGUUGACAAACACUGAAGGCUUAAGUAAUCCAUUAGAAGGUGUCUUGAAGACUGUAGAAGCAACACUCAAUGUAUUGGCUGAUUCUGUACUACAGGAACAACCACCAGUGAGAAGGAAAAAACUGGAACAUCUGAUUACUGAACUUGUUCAUCAACGUGAUGUUACUAGAAUGUUAAUGAAACACAAAGUGGAUAGUGUGACUAACUUUGAUUGGUUAUGUCAAAUGAGAUUUUACUUUGACCCUAAGAAUAGUGAUGUUCUAAAGCAGUUGUCAAUUCAUAUGGCUAAUGCUCGCUUUAACUAUGGAUUUGAAUAUCUUGGUGUACAAGAUAAACUAGUACAGACACCAUUGACUGAUAGGUGUUAUCUCACUAUGACUCAAGCUUUGGAAAGUCGACUUGGUGGCUCACCAUUUGGACCUGCUGGUACUGGUAAAACAGAAUCUGUCAAAGCCCUUGGUAAUCAAAUGGGAAGAUUUGUAUUGGUGUUCAAUUGUGAUGAGACCUUUGACUUCCAGGCCAUGGGUCGUAUUUUUGUUGGAUUGUGUCAAGUUGGAGCUUGGGGUUGUUUUGAUGAAUUCAACCGUUUAGAAGAACGCAUGUUAUCAGCUGUAUCACAGCAAAUUCAAACCAUCCAAGAAGCGCUCAAAGAACGUGCCAGUGAUAAGGUCAAAAGUGAUAUUCAGGUUGAACUUGUUGGUAAACAAGUGAAAGUGAGUCGUGACAUGGCUAUCUUUAUCACAAUGAACCCUGGCUAUGCAGGAAGAUCUAACUUGCCAGACAACUUGAAGAAAUUGUUCAGAAGCUUGGCUAUGACUAAACCAGAUCGUCAGCUGAUUGCUCAGGUCAUGUUAUACUCACAAGGUUUCCGUACAGCAGAGGUGCUGGCCAGCAAGAUUGUACCUUUCUUCAAGCUUUGUGAUGAACAGCUGUCAUCACAGUCCCAUUAUGACUUUGGACUUCGUGCAUUGAAGAGUGUACUAGUGAGUGCUGGUAAUGUGAAGAGAGAUCAUAUUCAGCAUAUCAAAGAAACGAUGAGAGAAGAGGGUCAAUCCAUUGAUGAAGCUAAAAUAGCUGAACGCUUACCUGAACAAGAGAUUUUGAUCCAGAGUGUGUGUGAGACGGUGGUGCCUAAACUAGUAGCGGAAGAUAUCCCACUUCUAUACAGUCUGUUGUCAGAUGUCUUCCCAGGUGUACAAUAUACACAGGCUCAAAUGAAAAAACUACGAGAAGAAUUGGCCAAUGUCUGUGAAGAAAACUUUUUAACAUAUGGUGAAGGCGGUGAUAGUGGAACUAUGUGGGUUGAGAAGGUUCUACAGUUGUUCCAGAUUUCUCAAUUAAACCAUGGUUUAAUGAUGGUUGGACCAAGUGGAAGUGGUAAGAGUUGUGCAUGGAGAUCAUUACUCAAGGCAUUAGAGAGAAUAGAGGGUGUAGAAGGUGUUGCACAUGUAAUUGAUCCCAAGGCAAUUUCUAAAGAUCUACUAUAUGGAACUCUGGACCCAAACACCAGAGAGUGGACUGAUGGUCUCUUUACACAUAUCCUGAGGAAGAUCAUUGAUAACGUCCGUGGUGAAAUCAACAAACGUCAGUGGAUUAUCUUUGAUGGUGAUGUUGAUCCAGAAUGGGUUGAGAAUUUAAACAGUGUCUUAGAUGACAAUAAACUGCUGACCCUUCCUAAUGGAGAGAGGUUGAGUCUACCACCAAAUGUGCGCAUCAUGUUUGAAGUGCAGGAUCUUCGUUAUGCAACCAUGGCAACUGUGAGUCGUUGUGGUAUGGUGUGGUUCAGUGAAGAUGUACUCUCCACAGAGAUGAUACUGGAUAAUUUCAUGAAACAAUUACAGAAGAUUCCACUUGAAGAAGGUGAAGAAGAUUUCAAGCCAGGUCAGAAGGAAGAAGAAGAAUCCCUUUCCCCAACACUGCAGGUGCAGCGUGAUAUCAGUGCAUUGCUUGCACCACAUUUUACAUCAGAUGGCCUGGUUAUUCGCACAAUGGAGUAUGCAUCUAAGCAAGCUGAACAUAUAAUGGAUUUCACCAGACUACGUGCUUUGGGCUCACUAUUCUCUAUGUUGAACCAAGCUGCUAGGAAUGUACUCUCCUAUAAUCACAACCAUGCUGACUUUCCCAUGCAGAGCGACCAGUUAGAGCGCUACAUACCACGUUAUCUUGUCUAUUCUUUGCUCUGGUCCAUGAGUGGCGAUGGAAAAUUAAAGACCCGUGAAGAACUUGGUGAUUUCAUUCGUGGUGUAACAACUAUUCCAUUACCACCAUCAACCAGUACACCUGUCAUUGACUUUGAAGUAUCAAUGAGUGGCGAGUGGGUUCCAUGGCAGUUAAAGGUGCCACAGAUAGAAGUAGAAACACAUAAAGUGGCAGCACCCGAUGUAGUUGUACCUACUUUAGAUACUGUCAGACAUGAAUCUUUGUUAUAUACUUGGUUAGCAGAACACAAACCACUGGUAUUAUGUGGACCACCUGGUAGUGGAAAGACUAUGACAUUGUUUAGUGCAUUACGUGCUUUGCCAGACAUGGAAGUUGUUGGAUUGAAUUUCUCCAGUGCAACAACACCUGAAUUGAUGUUGAAGACAUUUGAUCAUUAUUGUGAAUAUCGACGUACACCAAAUGGUGUAAUCAUGUCACCAAUACAACUAAAUAAAUGGUUUGUUAUAUUUUGUGAUGAAAUCAAUCUGCCUGAUAUGGACAAAUAUGGAACCCAGAGAGUUAUAUCUUUCUUGCGUCAGGUUGUAGAACUCGGUGGUUUUUACAGACCAUCUGAUCAAAGCUGGGUUAAACUGGAACGUAUACAGUUUGUGGGUGCAUGUAAUCCUCCUACAGAUCCAGGCCGUAAACCUUUGUCUCAUCGAUUCCUGCGUCAUGUACCAGUUGUGUAUGUAGACUAUCCUGGACCCGCGUCAUUAAAACAGAUCUAUGGUACAUUCAAUCGUGCUAUGUUAAGACUGGUGCCUAGUCUGAGAACCUAUGCUGGCCCAUUGACCACUGCCAUGGUUGAUUUCUACAGUCGAUCACAGGAACGAUUUACCCAAGACAUGCAGCCACAUUACAUAUACAGUCCGCGUGAAAUGACACGUUGGGUACGUGGUAUUGUAGAAGCCCUCAGACCAUUGGAAACUUUGUCAGUUGAAGGAUUGGUUCGUAUAUGGGCACAUGAAGGUCUUCGGCUCUUCCAGGACAGACUUGUCACAGAUGAAGAAAGGCAGUGGACAGAUCAAAAUAUUGAUGAAGUUGGAUUAAAACACUUCCCGAACAUCAACCGCGAAGAAGCUCUUCACAGACCGAUAUUGUACAGUAAUUGGUUAUCCAAGGACUAUGUACCCGUGGACAGAGAAGAACUCAGAGAAUAUACUAAAGCUAGAUUGAAAGUAUUCUAUGAAGAAGAAUUAGAUGUGCCAUUAGUGUUAUUCAAUGAAGUAUUGGACCAUGUACUCAGAAUUGAUAGGAUAUUCCGGCAACAACAGGGUCAUUUGCUGUUGAUUGGUAUGAGUGGUGCUGGUAAAACUACUUUGUCCAGAUUUGUUGCUUGGAUCAAUGGACUGAGUGUCUAUCAAAUUAAGGUACAUCGUAAAUAUACAGCAGCUGAUUUUGAUGAAGACUUGCGUUCUGUUCUGAGAAGAGCAGGCUGUAGGGUUGAAAAGAUUGCUUUCAUUAUGGAUGAAUCUAAUGUGUUGGAUUCUGGUUUCUUGGAGCGUAUGAAUACACUACUUGCAAAUGGAGAGGUUCCUGGUUUAUUUGAAGGAGAUGAGUAUACAACAUUAAUGACACAGUGUAAAGAAGGAGCACAAAAACAAGGACUUAUGUUAGAUACCAAUGAAGAGCUGUACAAGUGGUUUACGCAAGAGGUGAUGAAGAAUCUGCAUGUUGUUUUCACAAUGAAUCCAUCAUCAGCAGGACUUAAAGAUAGAGCUGCAACAUCACCAGCUUUGUUUAACAGGUGUGUGUUGAAUUGGUUUGGUGAUUGGUCAAAUGGAGCACUCUACCAAGUUGGUCAAGAAUUCACAAAUAAACUGGAUUUAGAAAAGUCGAAUUACCACUGUCCAGACUACCUUCCGGUUGCCUAUGAUGGUUUGUCGACUCCAAUCACUCACAGGGAAGCAGUUGUUAAUGCAUUUGUGUAUGUGCAUCAAACUCUCCAUCAAGCUAAUAAUCGGAUUGCAAAACGUGGUGGCAGAGUCACAGCAAUAACACCAAGACAUUACCUGGACUUUAUUAAUCAUUAUGUGAAAUUGUACAAUGAAAAACGAAGCGACUUGGAAGAGCAGCAACUUCAUUUAAAUGUUGGGCUGCAGAAAAUCAAAGAAACAGUAGACCAAGUUGAAGAAUUACAGAAGAGUUUAUCACUGAAAAGUAAAGAAUUAGAAGCCAAGAAUGCUAUGGCUAAUGCUAAACUUAAACAAAUGGUAAAAGACCAACAAGAAGCUGAAAAGAAGAAGGUGACAUCACAAGAAAUCCAAGCAGCUUUGAUAAUUGCAAACAAAGCUAUUGCAGAAAGAACUGACAGUGUAAUGGAUGACUUAGCUAAAGUGGAACCUGCUGUUAUUGAAGCACAACAAGCUGUCAAGUCUAUUAAGAAGAAUCAUCUUGUUGAAGUAAGAAGUAUGGGAAAACUAAUUUGCAUAAUUAAUUAAUUUUCAGCUUUUGAUAUAAGUGAUGAUAUCCGUGAAAAAAUGAAAAGCAGAUAUUUGAGCCAUCCUGAUUAUAGUUUUGAGAAAGUGAAUCGUGCGAGUCAAGCCUGUGGUCCUCUCGUAAAAUGGUCCAUUGCACAGAUCAGUUAUGCUGACAUGUUGAAGAGAGUUGAACCAUUACGUAAUGAACUACAGAGUCUUGAAGAUGAGGCAGAAGAAACUAAGUUGCGUGGUGAGGAAGUUGAAAACACUAUAAUUGCAUUAGAAAGGAGUAUAGCAGGAUACAAAGAAGAAUAUGCACAAUUGAUUAGCCAAGCACAAGCUAUAAAAGCUGAUUUAGAGUCUGUAGCAACAAAGGUGAACCGUAGUACAGCUUUGCUACGCAGUUUGAGUAUUGAACGUGACCGAUGGGAACUAAGUAGUGAGACAUUUAAAAACCAAAUGGCUACCAUAAUUGGUGAUGUAUUAUUGUCUUCAGCAUUCAUGUCAUAUGCAGGAUACUUUGACCAACAAAUGAGACAGAAUUUGUUUACUUCAUGGUGUUCCCAUCUACAACAAGCUAUGCUUCAUUUCAGAUCUGAUAUUGCAAGAACUGAGUACCUAUCAAAUGCUGAUGAACGGCUGAGAUGGCAAGCUAACUCAUUGCCAGCAGAUGACCUUUGUACAGAGAAUGCCAUUAUGUUAAUGAGAUUUAAUCGAUAUCCUCUGAUUAUUGAUCCAUCUGGUCAAGCUACAGAAUUCAUCAUGAAUGAGUAUAAACAUAAAAAGAUCACUAAAACUAGUUUCCUAGACGAUGCCUUCAGAAAGAACUUGGAGAGUUCCCUGAGAUUUGGUAAUCCCUUACUAGUACAGGAUGUAGAGAACUAUGAUCCUAUCCUGAAUCCCGUAUUGAAUCGUGAAUUGCGUCGUACUGGUGGACGUGUACUUAUAUCACUUGGUGAUCAAGAUAUUGAUUUGUCGCCAGCUUUCACAAUUUUCCUGUCAACAAGAGAUCCAACAGUUGAAUUUCCUCCAGAUAUUUGUAGCAGAGUUACAUUUGUUAACUUCACAGUAACAAGAAGUAGUUUACAAAGUCAGUGUCUGAAUCAGGUUUUAAAAGCUGAGAGACCAGAUGUUGAUGAGAAACGUUCCGAUUUGUUAAAACUUCAAGGUGAAUUUCACUUGCGUCUACGUCAACUGGAGAAAUCUUUGUUACAAGCAUUGAAUGAUACCAAGGGAAGAAUAUUAGAUGAUGACAGAAUCAUCACGACCUUAGAGACAUUGAAGAAGGAAGCUGCUGAUGUGACGAGAAAGGUUGAGGAAACUGAUGUGAUUAUGGCAGAAGUGGAAACAACAUCACAAAAGUAUAUGCCACUGUCACAAUCUUGUAGCAGUAUCUACUUUACAUUGGAAGCAGGUCACCAAGUUCAUUUCCUCUACCAAUAUUCCCUGCAGUUUUUCUUGGAUAUAUUCCAUGGUGUACUAUGUGAUAACCCAGAUCUAAAAGGAGUGUCUGAUUACUCCGCUCGACUAUCUAUCAUCACAAAGGAUUUAUUCCAGAUGGCCUACAAUCGAGUUGCUCGUGGAAUGUUGCAUACAGAUAGAAUUACUUUUGCUGUGUUGAUGUGCAAGAUAUAUCUCAAAGGAGUUGCAAG